AUGAGGCCUCUUCGGGCUGAACAGUCCAAACGGGAACUGAAACAGUCUCUGACUGGCUUCGAGAAAGAACUCGCCGAAAAAAUGUGCAUGGUGGAAAUAACUGGAAAGAGGGGCGAAAAGGUUCCAGUUUCAUUAACUCCUGACGUGAAGCAGGCGAUUCAUUUGUUGAUUCAGACGCGCAAUAUAGUUGGAGUUUCUAAGAAUAAUCCUUAUUCAUUUGCCAAAAGUGGGACCAAUUUGGAAUAUAUGGGAGGGCAUGAAUGUCUGCGGAAAUGUUGUCCGAUGACUUAUGAGGAAGCUAUUUCUGCAGAAAAAAUUGCAGUGGCUAGUUCUGAAUCAGAAGGAGAAAGAGGACAUGGUAAACGAAGAAGCAAACAAAAAAGUCCUUAG